AGGAGGGAGGGAGAAAGAGAGACAGAGAGACUGACUGUAUCUGGGGAUUCUGGCAAGGUGAAGAGCUGGUCUGUUUGGCAGGACCUUCCCAUCUGGGAUCCAUCUGUGUUUCCCUGGAAUGGGACAGGCAGCUCUAGUCAGUGAGAAAUCGCAGAUGUGAGAGAGCUGACACAUGUCCAGCUAAUGAAAGAAGGAGGAAGGCUGGUUUCGGAUUGGGCUUUGAAGAUUAGGAGGAGAAAAAGAGGAGCUUUUUUGUAUCUAUUUCAAAUAAAUUUGGUAUAUUAAGAAUCUGGAUUGUUAUAAUUGGGCAUUUGGGUUGGUCCUGAGAAAAGGGUGCCAGCAAUGCCUGGAUCGCCUGUGGAAGUGAAGAUACAGUCAAGAUCCUCACCUCCCACCAUGCCACCCCUCCCACCAAUAAAUCCCGGAGGACCCAGGCCAGUGUCAUUUACUCCCACAGCAUUAAGCAAUGGCACCAACCAUUCUCCUCCUACCCUGAAUGGUGCCCCAUCACCACCACAGAGAUUCAGCAAUGGUCCUGCCUCUUCCACAUCAUCAGCACUAACAAAUCAACAAUUGCCAGCCACUUGUGGUGCUCGGCAGCUCAGCAAAUUGAAGCGCUUUCUCACCACUUUGCAACAGUUUGGCAAUGACAUCUCGCCUGAGAUUGGGGAGAAGGUGCGGACUCUUGUUCUAGCCCUGGUGAACUCAACAGUAACAAUUGAAGAAUUCCAUUGCAAACUCCAAGAGGCUACAAACUUUCCUCUUCGUCCUUUUGUGAUUCCAUUCCUCAAGGCCAACCUGCCCCUGCUCCAGCGAGAACUGCUGCACUGUGCGCGGGCCGCCAAGCAGACCCCAUCCCAGUACCUGGCUCAGCACGAACACCUCCUGCUCAACACAAGUAUUGCGUCACCUGCAGACUCUUCUGAGCUGCUCAUGGAAGUGCAUGGGAAUGGAAAGAGGCCCAGUCCAGAGAGGAGGGAAGAGAGCAGUUUUGAAAGAGACACAAUUCCUCCUGAGCCUCCUGCCAAGAGAGUGUGUACAAUCAGCCCUGCUCCCCGGCACAGCCCUGCCCUCAAUGUGCCCCUUAUGAAUCCUGGGGGUCAGUUCCAUCCGACACCCCCGCCUCUUCAGCAUUAUACCUUAGAAGAUAUUGCAACUUCCCACCUGUAUCGUGAGCCCAACAAGAUGCUAGAACAUCGAGAAGUUCGUGAUAGACACCACAACCUUAGUCUAAAUGGAGGCUAUCAAGAUGAGUUGGUAGACCACCGUUUGACAGAAAGGGAAUGGGCUGAUGAAUGGAAACAUCUUGAUCAUGCCCUGAACUGCAUUAUGGAAAUGGUAGAAAAAACAAGGCGCUCCAUGGCAGUCCUGCGGCGCUGUCAGGAAUCUGAUCGUGAAGAACUCAACUACUGGAAAAGACGAUAUAACGAAAACACAGAGAUGAGGAAAACAGGGGGCGAGUUGGUCUCCAGGCAGCACAGUCCUGGGAGCGCAGAUUCUCUCAGCAAUGAUUCUCAGCGGGAAUUCAACAGUAGACCAGCAACAGGAUAUGUACCUGUGGAGUUUUGGAAAAAAACUGAAGAAGCUGUGAAUAAGGUGAAAAUUCAGGCCAUGUCAGAAGUACAGAAAGCUGUUGCCGAGGCAGAGCAAAAAGCCUUUGAAGUGAUUGCAACAGAGAGAGCCCGGAUGGAGCAAACCAUAGCGGACGUGAAACGGCAGGCGGCCGAGGAUGCCUUCCUCGUCAUAAACGAGCAGGAAGAGUCAACGGAGAACUGCUGGAACUGUGGCCGCAAAGCCAGCGAGACCUGCAGUGGCUGCAAUAUCGCACGGUACUGCGGUUCUUUCUGCCAGCACAAGGACUGGGAGCGGCACCACCGCCUCUGUGGCCAGAACCUGCACGGCCAGAGCCCCCAUGGCCAGAGUCGGCCACUGCUUCCUGGAGGGAGGGGCUCCUCUGCCAGGUCCGCCGACUGCAGCGUGCCAAGCCCGGCCCUGGACAAGACCUCGGCCACCACCUCGCGCUCCUCCACACCUGCCUCUGUGACAGCCAUCGACACCAACGGCCUCUGAGCCCUGGACUCACUUGCCCCUGAUGACCUCACAGCACCACAAAACACUGCUCCCGGGCCUGGCUGUUGGGUCAUCAGCACGAAGUGAAGUGGAGGCAGGAAGAGUGCAGGCCCAGCAAACACUGCUCCGCAGCCUCUCCAGACACUUGCCCCAGCUUCCCACCUGUGUUCCGGGGGAGCUAGUGUGCCGUUCCCUCUCCACACAGGCCGCUGUCUGGAGCUGCCUCCUCUAUGGCUUCCUGGUUUGUUCCUCUCCCAGCUGGAGCUGGCGUGGCCGGCCCCUCUUCAGUGUAGACCACCAGCUCCCCUCCCUGCCUCUUGAGGCAGCAGACUGUCGAAUGUGCCCAGCCAGGCCGGAGGCAGCUCACCCCGUGCACUGUCCCUUCUCCACUGUCCUCCCGCACAGAAGCCUGGAGGCUGACAGCAGGCCACGGAGGAGGUCCCCCUCACAGGGAGUGGCCCCUCUCGUCCCCAGCAGCUCCUUGAGCCCUAUUUCCACCCUCAGCAGAUGCCACUGAUUGGCCCCAUGGGACUUGGGCAGCAAAAAGCAGCACUCAGGACCCUCCUUGACCCUGCUGUUCAGACUUAAGAUUCAGAAGCCACGGGAAAGAAGUCACCAUUUCAGUAAAAGCACCCAUAAUAAAAAAAAAUAAGUAAAACUUUUACCAAGUAUCACAGAUCAUUUUGGACAAGAUUUUCCAACCUGGCUGGCUACUUUAUAGUUGGGGACCUAUUUUUCUCUCUCUUAUUUGAUUUUUGCUCGUGCAGAAAAUAGUUCCCAGCGCAUGGAUUGGUCUGAGGGAGAAUGAGACUCGAUUGUGGAUAGUCUGUUCUCUCUGAGCAUGUUGGCCAAACUAGUAUCGUCAAGUUACUGAAUGGAUCACCUAUUGGAAAUGCAGAACCUUUUGUCACCGCUUGGCUGUUUGUACAGUCGUGUUCUGUGUCCUUUUAUCUCAGACCGCGCGUGUCCAGAUCACUGUGGAUCUUCUUCCCGUGGUCUCUGUUUGGCGCCUCUUAGACCACAGUUGUCCCAGAGGAUAUGACAUGAUGUGACUAGGACUUGCCUCUCCGGUCAGGGCCUGGUCACGUCUGAGCAGCCCUCCUAGACCUGAAAGAAUUCUUCAGACCUCGUGGUUUCAUGUCAUACAUACUAUGUCAGUUUAGCAUCAGGCAUACACUGUCAGAUUUCUUUCUCUUUUGUUUGAUACCUACCUUCUUUGAGCUAAGAAAAGUUUCGUGAAGGGUGAGAACCAUUUUGAGAGAGCCUGACCAGUUUUUCUUCCUGUCUUCAGGGACUUUUCCAGCUGCUUACCUGGCUUUCCAAACAUGAAGUUACCUAAACCCAUGUUAAAGUCCUAAGAGCUGCCACACACAUGUUCCCCUGCCAUUCGAGUUUUGUUGGGAGCCCAAAGACCCUGAACUUCUAGUCUCCACCCCUGAACCUCCAGCACCAUCCUACCUGGAGGAAUCAGUUGGGGAGAGUUGGUUGACCUGCCUCUGCUGGCGCUUGAAAGCCCAGCUUUAGAUGGCCACCUUCUGUGCGCUGACCAGAGCGGAGGCAAAGCUCUCGGUCCCAUAAAGGAAAAGCGAUCAGCAUAGGUAGCUUUGACCUUGCAUUUGGUGUAUUUGUAAAGUAUUUUACUUUAAGAACUUCUAGCCCCUGAUUUACCUCGCCCAAGGAUUUCCUAUCUGACAAAGGAACUCAGUACAAGGCACCUUUAAAAUACCUCUAUUUCCAUUGCAUAAAUAUACCCAGAGAAGGAAUAGCAGAAUAGUGUUACUUUAUUGUGGAACUUCUUAAGCUGCAACAGUCGGUGGGGGUGUCCUGAUUUUAACAAGGAUGAAAUGAGCACCCCAGACAGGACUUGCCUACGUUUCCAUAAGACGUGGGAUGUCCCAUAAGGAUGUCAUGGAGCCUAUAAAUCAUUUUUAGCAAGAGGGUGUCUCGUGGUGUCCACUGGGUGUGUCCUCAGCUCACUGUCUUUUCAUCAGCAAGUCGGCUGCACACCUAGGCAGGUUCUUUAAAUCUGUAUUGGCCACAGGCUGGCCAGGGUAGCUCACAUUUUUCCUGGUUGGGAUAAAGACCCAAAACCAACAAAAUACUAUUCAUCAGGGCUCGAUAUCAGUUUCUUAAGCUAAGAUUUAGGUUUAGCGGGCUAUGAUUCCAAUGACAGCUUAGUUUUUGUAACGCUUUGCUCAUGUCUACCCAGAGGCCAAGCUGAAACCCUGGGCAGUGUUCCAUGCUGGAAUUAGUUCUCAAACCUCUUGCUGUUUUAAUUUUGGUCAGUUUCACACAUAGGUUCCAAGGUCAUCUGCCCAGGACUUCCUGUUUAGACGGAAGAGUCCCUUUCUCUAACUCCUCCUUUCUGAAAUUCUCCAGCUCCCUGGUCGGGAGGAGGAGGGGCAGUGGGGUGGGGUGAGGGGGCUGGAGAGGAAGGGGUGAGUCUGGGUUCCCCACUUGGUUUCCUAUUACUGCUGAUACCACCCCAGCUACCAGGUUGGGGGUGCAAGUUCAGCCUUCCCAGUUUUGCUGGAUUUUAAAUAAUAUAAUCAGGCUGCACAGAGGACCAACCUUUAAUAUUUGGGAGGACAAGACAAAGGGGCUCAGAGUGGUGGUACCAAAGGUGCUGUCAGGGUACUCACAGGCUCUUCGACAUUACCCUAGAAACCAAAAGCAAAAAUGUGGAAAUGCCUGCCCAACCAUCAGCAUCGCCCACUGAGGGACACUGACAAGUGACAGGAUAUCAUUGUCUUCUGCCUGGUGAGGAAUGGUUGCAGGAACCAGAGAAGACCAAAAGUGGCCAAUAUGGGAGCCGUCUAAAUGUUCCAUGUUCCAAACGAUGCUUGAGGGCAGGAUCCUCAUACCUUCAAUCAUCCUCUGGGUCCCCGCUGCCUGCAGCAUGUCUGAACACUGACUGAGGAAGUUGGUUCAUCCUGCCUGUACAUGAAUAGCCAGCCCACCUAAUAAGGUGUGAACACUCCACUUUGGAGGGUCUCUGCAGCUCCAGGGAUCGUGCGGCCCUGAGGUCACAGCGAGUGGAUCUUUUCCUGGACGGUGCUGAGUCAUGAAUGUCUCCAUGGAUCUGAGUUUGGAAACAGGACACAUCUACCCAGCAUGGGUCCAUGUCCAGAUGGGCUGCAGAGUGCCCUCUGCACACUGAUGUCCUCAGUCCAUCCAGGCCGCUUGGUCUACCAGGAGCUCCUCACUUCUUGGUGUCAAUGUGAGCAUCUUUAGCUUCUAGACAGAAAAUCUACACUUUACUUUGUAUGGCCUUGUUCCAAAGUCGAAUUGAUCCCCAGUGCUGUUACUUGCUUGCAAAGGGUGUAGACCUUGUUCUGGGUAGUUCCAGAAAAUAUCUCAGCAAGUGGAUUUGAAGGCUCAACAACACAAUUGGAAUUGUAUGGUAGUGGGUUCUUGAGAACAAAAGCAUUAAUAAUGACCGGGUGGUUGGUUGUCCUGGGAAUUGUGGAAGGAAUUAUGGACUGAAUAAAUCAUUUAAAAUAGAACACAUCUUGGAGGCUUUCUUCAGAACUGGUUUCUAGACUCCCAGGUCAGUAGACCAAGCCAACUUUCUUAGAUUUUUUUUUUUAAAGCUAUUUAGAGAACUGGGUGGUGGCAUGUUUGAACCAAAUGUAAGAAAAGCCAGAGGGACCUGGGCUGUCCCAGCAUGGGCCAGCCAGCCAGCUGUGAGGAGUGCUGCCUGGGGUGGGGAGGCGAACUGGGCAGCUGCUGGACAGGGCCCUUCCAACUCUGGGUGUCUAAUUCUUACGAAACCAAAACAUUGACUCCCUGCCUCUGCCCACGUGCAUUGACUUGCUCAUUUCCAAAGAUGAUGGUGCAGGUGACCUUUUCCAUCGAGAGCCAGGAGAAGGUCAGGAGGUCUGAGGGUGGACCUCGCAUCCCUCCUCCUCCUCCACAGCCCCACAGAUGGCGCUUUCCCUGCAGACCCCAUCUGGUCAGGCCCACAACUGCCCAGUGUACCCUCACUGAUGCUUAUACCAAAUAGGGCAUGUGCAGCUGGCGGCUGGCAGGGACAGCUCCAUCCCUGCAUUGGAGUUGGCAGAGAGAAGCAGCAAUAAACAUUAGGUGAAUGGUGGAAAGUGCUGUUUGGCCAAGAGGUCUUUGGUCCACUGGUGCAGCUUUCCAAGUUCCUGAUGAGGCUACAAAAACUCCAUUUAUAAAAGAAAGCCAAUAAUGUAAAUAAGUCCAAAACGAAGCCUCCAAGCGUGGCUUUUAAAGGGGGAUGAUGAAUGUGAAACCACCCACAGGAUGCGGUAGUCUGAUCUUUCUGUGCGUUGUCAUUUCUUUGAUAGGAACUUUUGUUACUUAACUCUGUGCAUAACUUAUUUAAUGUACUGUAUAAAUGAACCAAAACUGUUGAAUAUGUAUUUAGUUUGUUCUACUUAAAGUAGUCAAUAAAAAGGCUAUAUUCCUU